CCCGGGCCUUUGCGUAGUGGAUUGCCACAUUCCAACACAUGUGCCCAACCAAUUCCCGCCUGGAGUUUGCUGCCCUUGCACCUUCUCAUGUCGUUCAGCAUGAUGAGGUGUAUAUAAAUAUCGGCAACAACUACUAUCUGUUGGCAUGGACCAUCCAUCCAAUAAGUUAGGCCUGUCGCAGGGAUACUCGUUGUCUGUGCAACUAACAAGAUUGAAAUAAUGAAACUUGAGAUCUGAGACGUAGUGACUGAGCUUCCUGAUCCUUUCUUCUUUUCCAGUUUUGAUCUUUCAUCGCAUUGUUCAGAAUUCAGGUAUAUGAAUCAGCGAGCAUACUUCCUUGCUCGUAUAUCGUAUACUUCCCUUUGCGAUGGAGGUUCCAGCGCAUGACCUUUACCAAGAUGACAAGACUAUUAUUACCGGCACACUUGACCUUAAUCUAAACACUAUGAUUCUGCAAGCCUUAUUGCACGGUCUGUAUACCGGCAUAAUAGCGGUUACCUUAUGGACUAUAUUAUUUGGCCCCAAGCAGUUACGCAGUACAUUCCUGCGCACGAUCAUCGUCAUGCUUUACAUUUUCUUAACAAUACUUUUCGGAAGUGAUUGGGCGUUUAGGCACCGCGCGUUCAUUGAACAUGGAAACAAUUACUAUAGCGUAUUCUCAGCACUGGUAGACCCUUGCCCGUGGUGGAGAGCAUACAUCCUUAUCGGCGGUCUUUCUGGCGGUAUAAGCUCAGUCCUUGUCGAUGUCACUAUUAUAUGGCGCUGCUGGGUGCUCUGGGAUCGUCAGUGGCGAAUCGUUUCGCUGCCAAUUUUGUGUACUAUGGCCGGAACAGUUAUGAAAACCAUGCAAGUGCUGAGUGUUUUCCGCACGUCUACCGAUGAUGUCAAUGAUGUUAGAGGUUUUGUAGAAAAAAUUGACUGGUCGCUGAGCUACAUCUUGAUGACGCUCGCCACAACCCUCACGUGCAUGCUCUUGAUUGUUUACCGCGUUGCUCGACAAGCUUCAGGGAUGAGCGCUUCCCGCAAAAUCGUCAAGAUGCUGAUCGAGUCAUCGGCGAUCUAUUCGCUUUCAUUGAUCGUCUAUCUAGCACUGGUCUCAAAAAAUUUGGAAUCCGUAUUCUAUGCGGAUCUUAUCGCCGCUUAUAUCAAGGCUAUCGCUCCGACUCUCUUAGUUGGUCGCAUUUCUGCCCAUGCUAAUGCGAGCUCUCGCCGACAACAGAUGGUUACUAUGUUGGAGAACCAUCCUCCCUUGGUCGGCUGUUUUAGAGAAGAGGGUACCGAAAAUACCCAUCCAUACGAUAGCCAAAAUGAUGGACAUCAAGCGGUGUCGGGAUCGUCGGGAAAGGAAACUGUAUGAUUUCAGUGUUGGCAGUGCCGCCAAUAGAUCCACUAGAGAUGCCGUAGAUGGUUUCGUGCCAAUCAAGAUACCCCGUCAAUUCACUGAUGUAUCGGAUAGCCAUAGUAUUACUACACAUUGUGUUCUUGAUAUACAUUACAGACCGUGUACGA